GGGGGUGCGCCGCGAGAGGAGAGCAGCACAUUGUUUGCCGGUGACUGUGGGCAACGGAAAAGCAUGAGUUAUCAGGGCAUGUGCGAUUUUGUUUAGAAAGUGUGUGCAGGACAGAAUGCGUGUGUGUUUGUGUGCACCGAGCCCCCAGUUGGGUGUUGGAGCUAAGGCCAUUCAAAGGAUGCUCAAACAAAGAUUUUUUUUUUUUUCCCCUCGCUCUCCUUUUUUUGAAUGGUGAUCGAGGCCUGGCCGGAUUCCUUUACUCAUGCUGUUGGCUGUUGGGCUCUGCUUCAGGGUAGCUGAAGGAGCUUCUGCAUGCAUGGCUGAGGGCCCUUUCCCCACUCAUUACCUCACUAGCCUCUGGGCUAACCGAUUAUGGGUAACCUCAUAAGUCGACCCAGCUGCCUGGGCCAGAAGUCCAAGCAUGUGAGGACGGAUGAGGGCUUUUUGAAGGAGUGCUACCAGCGCCCCAAAGAGUGGCAACCGCCUGACAAACAUGCAGAGGACACGGGCAAGGAAACAGAGGCGCAGAAGGACAAGGGAGCAGAGGAGGCUGAUCUCAGAAGAGAGGAGGCUCACACGCCCAUUUCCGACAAACCUCUUCGCAGUUCCCCGGCGUCCACCAUCAGGAGCACCAGCACUCUGGACAAUGCUUGGCACGGCACGCCCUCCCCGAUAAAAACAUCCCGAAAUGGGACGCUAACCCGGAGAACUGUCCCUGCGGAGUAUGCAAGGUCCCCCCUGGCGCUAUCAGACAAGUGCAACGCAGACAGACGAGCAAGCUACCAGAGAAGAGACUCUCGAGAGGGCAGCCCUUGGUCCUGGAAGACCGUGGCAUCGCGGGAGGUCACUGAAGUGACCGAGGUGACCGAGACUAUCGUCACGGAAAUUGUGGAAGUUACGGAGUAUCCAUCAGGAAAUAAGGGAGGAGAUCCGAUCGUAACGAGAACUGUUAGAGUCCUGAAUGGCGUUGCAGAGGAACUUGCCGAGCUGCAAAGUGAUGGGCACUCGAGCUCAGACCCGGAUUCCUGCGUGGAAAAAUGGAAGGGCAAAAGGCCGCUGCUUGCAUUGCGGGACGCCUCGACAGACCCUGACACAUUCCUCCAAAACCUGGCAGCCUUGCACACAUGGGUGUGUGAAAUAGAGGAACUCACAGCAAAUCAGAAACCACCAUCUUCUGAGGUCAAAGUGGUGAAAGCACAGCUCCAGGAACAAAAGCUCCUGUUGCGCCUCUUGACAGAUCGCCGCCGUAGCAUGGAUGCAAUGAUGAUGGAGGGUCCCCGGUUAGUGGAGGCCCACCCAGGAGAAGAGGGCGAACAGGCAAAGGUCAAGCUCUCUGCUCUCCAACACAAGUGGCAGUCCUUGCAGCUGGAGGCCGAGCAAAGGAGGGCCAGUCUGGAGCUCAUCCUGCCAAGGGCUCUGGUCUUCCAGCAGGGUGUAGAUGAUCUACAGCAAUGGCUCAUGUCUGUGGAACAAACGCUGGCUGAGCUGCGCAGCGCUGAACGAGUGAUGCUGCAUUUGUCUGAGACGACGGAUCGGGCCAAGGCUGUUGUUGCAGAGAUUCAAGUACGGACCGCAGAGCUUGGGAAUAUACAGAGCACAGGUCAUCAGCUGAUGGAAGCUUUGUCAGAGGGGGAGGCCCAGCAGGUGCAGGAGCGGAUGGAUGCUCUUCGUGUCCGUUGCUCUGUACUCAACCUGAGCAGCCUGGACGUGCUGCAGAGGCUCGAGCAGGCUCUUGAGGCUUCCAGCCGCUGCACCUCCAGCCAGGAGGACCUCCAUUUGUGGUUGGGUCGCAUUGAGAGAGAGCUUCUGGGGGCGUCUGGUGCGCAGACUCAUGCGGGAGACACUGGUCUGUGCGCGGCUGAGAGACAGAGGCUGGAACAAGCCAUGCUUAAAGAAAUGGCCUGGUUCAAAGAAACAGCCCUAAACCUGGAGAAGCUAAGAACCAUAGAUCUGGAUCCAGGGCUCAUAUCAGAACAACUCUAUGAGCAAAAGAUCUUGGCUGUUGAGAUUCUCCAACAUCGCUUCAACAUCGAAAAAAUGGUGAAAAUCUCUGAAAUCUUGUUGACUUACAGCGAUGAAGGAGAAGCUGUCAACCUGCAGAGCCCAAUGGAAACGCUGCAGGAUCAGUGCAACACCACCUCUGCAACAAACUCCCACGUGGUGCUGCAGCUGGAGCACGCUCAGUCGCUCCUCCUCCAGUUCUCAGAAGGACACGCUGAGGUGACACCCUGGCUGGAUGAAACGCAAACCCUGAUCGGACAACUCUCACUCCACACAAUAAGCUACGAGGCGUUUCGAGAACAACAAGAUCUUUUACAGGGCCUGAGGGAGUCAAUAGCAGAGCACAGACCUUUGAUUUCACGCUUGUGUUCUCUGGCAAAACGUCUGUCAGAACUGAACCCACUGCAGGGGGCACCCUUCUGUCAAAAAGCUGCAGAGACUGAGGAGCAGCAUCGAGCCAUCAAGGAGCGCGUGAAGGAGACCGCGAAACUCCUGGAGGAGUCUCUUCCUCGAUUCACUCAGCUGAAUGAGAGGAUGAUUCUGAUCCGGGAGAGUCUGGAACGCCUGCGCAGUCAUUUGCAGACGCCCACCCCGCUCCAAGGACUCACCCCCAGGAUCCAGGAGCAGAUACAGGACAACAAGCACACGCUGGCUGAGAUGUCCAAACUGGAGCUGGGCCUGAGGAGCGUCCAGGCUCAGGCUGAUGAGCUGCUGGCCAACACUCAGGCGGCCGGGGACGGGUCCAUCGGCACAGCUAUCAAAGAACAAGUGUCCAGCCUCGCUCAGUUGUGGGGUGAGACCCAAACCCAGGCUCAGGAGCGGGACAGCUGGCUGCUGAAGCUCCUGGAUCUCGCCAUGAAGUUCUGGAGCGACGUCAGCGACGUCACCGCCACUCUCAGCGAUGCUCAGCAGGCGGUUUUGGAUCUGAACGCAAGUCGUACAGAUUCCGACACCAUCCGACAGAGCCUGGAAACCAUGCAGACUCUGCGGGAAGACAUAGACGGUCUACAGGUGGAUCUGGACACGCUUGGUGUUCUCGGGAUGGACUUGAUGUCCGCGUGCGGAGACACAGACAAACCAGAUGUCACCAAGAGCCUGGACGAGCUUUAUUGCACGUGGAAUAACUUGAGCAAACUGUGGAUGGAAUGCCACAAAAAGCUGGAGGAGUCCCUGGAGAUGGCCUUGCACUAUCAGGACACGAUGCAGGGUUUGUUUGAGUGGUUGAAAUCAGCUGAGCUACGGUCCGAAGAGGAGUUCAUGGUGGGAACUGACCUGGAGUCAGUUAAAGAGCAGCUGCGUGACCUCAAGGAGUUCAAGAGAGAACUGUACCAGAAGAAAAUCGAAAUAGAGAGUCAGAACCAUCGCUUUGUGUGUCGACUCUCGCCCGGUUCCGAGCGCUCAGGCUCAGUUUCGCCACUGUGCGACUUCAGGCAGCGUUGGGACAAUUUGGAGUCAGAGACUGUCACUCGGCAGCAUCAGCUGGAGUGUGCGCUCCUGGGUCUGGGUCAGUUCCAGAACACACUGGAUGAGCUGCACACAUGGCUUGCCAGGACUGCUGAGCAACUGCAGGGCGGUUUGCCAGUCAGCAUAGACCUGCAGGCCUGUGAAAUAGAGCUGGCUAAACACAAGGUAUUGCGCAAUGAUGUCAUGUCCCACGUCCGCACUGUGGAGUCUCUCAACAAGGCUGGCAGGGAGCUGCUGGAGGUUGGGUCUGGAGACAGCCCACACGGUCUGCAGUCUCGGCUGGAGCAGCUCAAUGAGAGCUGGGAAUUUGUCCGCUGUGAGACUGAACGUUGUCAGUUGGAAUUGGAAAACAGACUUAGCCAGGUGCAAGAUGUCACAAUGGAGAUGCAGGAUCUUCUUCAGUGGCUGGAAAACACUGAUAUCCGAUUGUCUUCUGCCAAGACCAUGUGGGGAAUGCCAGACUCUGCCUCAGAAAGGCUCAACACACAUUUGGAGCUCUGCAAUGAAAUGGAGUCAAAGCUUCACACCUUCACAGAUGUGAAGAACGCCAUCCACAGGAUGCUGGGGAGCAGGGAUGCAGCCAGAGGAUCCAACACUGAACACAGUCUGUCUAUUCUCGAGCAGAGAUGGGCAUCUGUUUAUAAUAAAGUCCAGGAGCGAAAGGCCAAGCUUCUGAAAGGACUUAACCUGGCUAAAGAAUUCCACAGCAAUGUCCAGGAUCUUCUCACCAAGAUGACCAAGUUUGAGGAAUCCAUUGCUUUUCUUCCUGCACCAAGCUUUGUUCUGGACACCGUUUGCGCUCAGCUUCAGGAUCAUAAAACUCAAGUGAAUGAAGUGAAGGACUACGGUGAGAAGAAGAGCGCGGUGGAGAACGCUGGCUGUCAGCUGACGGAGCUCAGCAGGAAAGAAGACUGUGACGUCAUUCACAACCUCAUAAUCACGGUCCAGGAUCGCUUUCAGAAGAUCCAGCAGAGCACUUUAGAGAAGGGCAGGAAGCUUGAGGCGGCAAGGAAGAACGCCAAACAGUUUAACGAAUCUUGGCGCCUCCUAGUGGACUGGAUGAGGGAGGUCGAGCAAACCCUUGACACGCACAAAGAGAUCUCACAAACCCAUGAGGAAAUUAAACAGCAGCUGUCUGAACAGAAGGAGUUUCAAAAGCUGAUGAGGAUGAAGAGGCCGAUGUAUGAGGCCACGAUGAAGAAUGGUCGAAGCCUUCACGAGAGGGCUCACAGCAGCCAAGACAAGCAGCAUCUGGAGAACCUUCUGGCGGAGCUUAAAGAUGCGUGGGACACUGUCAGUGGGAAGUCAAUGGAGCGACAACACAAACUAGAGGAGGCGCUGCUGUUUUCUGGCCGGUUCACUGAUGCUCUCCAGGCUCUCAACGACUGGCUGUACAGAGCUGAGCCGCAACUCGCAGAGGACGUUCCUGUACGGGGAGACAAAGACAUGGUCAACAACCUGAUCGACAAACACAAGAAUUUCCAAAAGGAGUUGGGGAAACGAGCAGGAUGCAUUAGGACCCUGAAGCGCUCCGUGAGAGACCUGACCAGGAGCAGCUCAGCUGAUGCCCACUGGCUGCAGGAGCAGAUGGAGGAGCUGGAAAGCCGAUGGGAGGCGGUGUGCAAGCUGUCUGUCAGCAAGCAGGACAGACUGGAGGCCGCUCUCCAGCAGGCAGAGAAGUUUGACAGCCUGGUGCAUUCUUUCAUGGAGCGCCUCACCGAGUCUGAGCGGUCUCUGAAAUAUGGCUUCAUCCCGGACGAUGAAAACAGACUGCUUGUUUUCCUCAAACAACAUGAGGAGUCGGUGGCUUCUCUUCAGGCUCAUGCCGAAGACUUAGAAAACAUCCAGACUCUCGGUGAGGAGAUCCUAUCGUCGUCCCACCCAGAUUCCAUCAUCACACUUAAAUCCUGGAUGAGCGUCACCAAGACUCGCUACGAGGAGGUUCUGGCAUGGGCCCAACAGCAUGGGCAGAAGAUCCAGAACAGCCUGUCGGCUCUGCAGGCUGAGAGAGAGGCGGUGCAGAGACUGCUGGACUGGAUCUCCUCAGCAGAGGAGGCUCUUGGCGUCAAAGAGCAAGAACCGCUGGCCGAGACCAUAGAACAGAACCAGCAGCUUAUUGCUCAGCACCAGGAGUUCAUGGAGGAGUUGAAUAAAAAGUUCCCAGAGGUUGAAAUCGCCACCAAAUCCUGCAAGCACAAGAGCAUCCCGAAACAGAUCUCUCCAAGCAAACGUCCGCUGACAAGGCGGAGGAGCACUCUGAAGAUACAGCCAGCUGCGCCUCUUCCCCUGGAGCACCUCGACCCCCAGACCCCUCAGCUCAGUCAGCUGGUCAGCCAGUGGCAGAAGCUGUGGCUCCUCACGGUGACCCGACAAAAACAUCUUGAGCAGCACCAGCAAGCGCUGAAAGAGAUGGAAGAGUUUGCCAACUUUGACUUCAACAUUUGGCGAAAGCGCUACAUUCAGUGGAUCAGCCAUCUGAAAUCCCGGAUCUUAGAUGUGUUCCGAAGCAUUGACCGGGACCAGGAUGGACGCAUCAGCCAGAAGGAGUUCAUAGACUACGUUCUGGCCUCCAAAUUUCCCACUAACUCUCUGGAGAUGGCAGCAGUGGCCAACAUCUUUGACUUGAACAACGAUGGCUUCAUCGACUACUACGAGUUUGUGAGCGCCCUGCACCCGAGCAGAGACCCCUACAGGAAGACCCUGGAUGCAGAUCAGAUCAAUGAAGAGGUGAGUCGACAAGUGUCACAGUGCAGCUGCCCCAAGAGAUUCCAGGUGGAGCAGAUCAGUGCCAACAGAUACAGGUUUGGAGAUUCCCAGCAGCUACGGAUGGUCAGGAUCUUACGCAGCACACUCAUGGUGAGAGUGGGAGGAGGAUGGACCGCCCUCGAUGAGUUCCUGGUGAAAAACGACCCCUGCAGAGUGAAAGGUCGCACCAACUUGAAGAUAAAGGAGAAGUACUUGUCUCCUCCGGGAAGCACCACAAAGGGUUUGACUGUUAGCAGGUCCAACUCCAGCCUCAGUCUCUACAGCAGUGCCUCCGCCCCGACCAGUCCCAUGACACGCAAGGCGCUGCUGCGGAGGAGUUUUUCAGGCGAUCGGUGCAUACGCCCUCGAAGCUCCAUCGCUGCUCUAGGUUCAGAUCUACACUUUGUCACAGCGACGGAGGACAACUCUCCAUCGCCAUCAGAAGACGCCGAGAGGUUACUCACAUGACCACCUCGGCCUUCCAGCUGCUGCCAAGUCAAACCCAAACAGCCUCUGGGCCCCAAAACACAGAGAUAAGAGGAAGCCCAGUGACAGACACAACGGUUACGAAAUCUGUGGGAAAAUCAAACGAGGAGUUUUAACCGGACAGCAACUUUUGUACGACGUGUUUAGUUUGAGUAGAGUUAGAGGAUUCCGCAUGGACACUGUCUGCAUGAACGAAGGAACUUUUCUAACCAUUAGCAGAGACAGAAAGAGAAGAGUUGCUCACCGUAGAAAAGACGGAAGCAAUAGAACUAUUCAGCAUGCGAAUACAACGCCCAAAUAGCAUCCAAAAAUUGUACACCAAAACUAUAAGAUGAAGCAAAGGUACUGUGUCGUGAUUUGACUUUUUAUUGUCGUUCCAUAGAGAUUGGUGGCAGGGCCACACCACUUUUACAGUUUUUUGCAAGCAACGUGUAAAGUUUAUUACCCUGCAUCGACAGGACCUUUUGAGAUUGUGUGAUAAAGAGAUUAUUUUCUCAGGAUUGAUUUUGGAUGUAUGUAUUUCUAUGGAACGUGACUGUGAAAAUAGAGGUUUGUUGGCUUCUCUAUAGCCCUGUAGAUUUUUUUUUUUGGUUUGUUUUAUAUCAAAAAAUGCACUUUCUUUAUCCGACUACUGAUCAUACUGUAUGUUUGUGAGAAAUCUUGACACGCAGGUAUGAGAAUUAAA